AUGUGGUACCACAUCUCCGACGCGAACGAAUACCUCGUGGUCACGGGUGCCGGCAUUGACGAUGUCCGUAUCGUCAAAAAGGCCUUUGUCUACCCAUGGCAGCGCGUGGCCCGUAUCUCCGUGUCCCCCUUUGACUUCUCCCUGAAUCUGCAGGCCAUGACCAUCGAGAAACUGCAAUUCGCUUUGCCCGCCGUCUUCACCAUCGGACCCGACAACAAACCCGACGCCCUAAAGAAAUAUGCUCUCCUUCUGAGUGGGAAUCCCGACGGCACCGCUUCAGCCAGCUCCAAGAAACCCGGCCAGGCCAUCGUGCCGACGCAGAGAGGCCAUGUUCAGGAUAUCGUCAAAGGGAUCAUCGAAGGUGAGACCCGGGUGAUUGUGUCGAGUAUGACCAUGGAGGAAAUUUUCAAGGAGCGACAAGUUUUCAAGCAAAAGGUCAUUGAAAACGUCCAAAAAGAACUCGACCAAUUCGGCCUCUGCAUCUACAACGCCAACGUCAAAGAACUCCAAGACACCCCGGGAUCCGAAUACUUCGCCUUCCUCUCGCGUAAAGCCCAUGAAGGCGCCUCCAACCAAGCGCGGAUCGACGUCGCCGAGGCACGCAUGCGCGGAGAAAUCGGCGAAGCCAGCAAGCGCGGCCACACCAAGCAAGAAAUCUCCAAGAUCGAAGCUGAAACCGCGGUUCUCGAAACCAAGCGCAGAGCCGACAAGGCCCAAGCCGACGCCGAACUGACGAAUCGCCAAACCGAGCUGGACAUGGGCAUCCAGAUGGCGCAGAUCCAGGCACGUCGCGCCGCUGAGGCCCGCGACGCCGAAUUGCAAAAGCAAGUCGAAACCAAAAAGGCCGGCACGGAACUCGAACGACUGCGUGCCAAAGACCUGGUCCGCGCCCAAAUAGCGCGUGAAACGGCGCAACAAGACGCCGACGCCAGCUUUUACCGCGAGUCCAAGACCGCCGACGCGCGGGCGUACGCGGAAAAACAAGAUGCUGACGCCCAGCUGUUCAAGCAGCAGCGUCAGAUUCAAGCCAACGUCGAGCGCCAAAUGAAAGAAGCCGACGCCAUGUACCAUGCGAAGAUGCGCGAGGCCGAAGCCACACGCGCGCAGGCCGAAGCGUACAAGACUCUCGCCGAGGCCUUUGGCGGCCCGCAAGGUUUGUUGACGUAUAUGAUGUUGAAGGAGAACACGCAUGAGAAAUUGGCGCUGGCCAACGCGAAGGCCGUCCAGGGCUUGCAACCGAAGAUUACCGUGUGGAAUACCGGUGACAAUGCCGCCAGCGGUGUGGGGGGAGAAGGAAUCAUGCCCAUCAGGAAUAUCAUGCAGAGUCUGCCGCCGUUGUUGAGUACGAUUCAGGAACAGACGGGGAUUGUGCCACCGAAUUGGAUGGUGCAGAUGCCUCCAGGCCCCAACCAGAACAACAAUGGCGUGAAUGGCAACGCAAAUACAGAGGAGAAGAGGAAGAUGAUGCUUGACAAGGUGACCGGCGGGUCGAAGUGA